AUGAAUCACUUUGAAUUUUUGGACGAUAACCGUACAACUCAAGAGCCUACUUAUGAUGGCCCAGCUGGCAUGGAAGUCGGUGGCAUCAUCGAAUCCAACUGGGAUGAAGUUGUCGAUAAUUUCGACGCUAUGAAUUUGAAGGAGAAAUUAUUGAGAGGGAUUUAUGCUUAUGUUCCCGGAUGUCAAGCUUUAGUGCUAGCACCAACUCGUGAAUUGGCAACGCAAAUCCAAAAAGUUGUAGUUGCUUUAGGCGACUUCAUGAAUGCGCAAUCUCAUGCAUGUAUCGGUGGAACCAACGUCCGUGAAGACAUGAGAAACUUGGAGCAAGGGGUUCACGUUGUUGUUGGUACUCCUGGACGUGUCCAAGACAUGAUUCAACGUAAGUUCUUGAGAACAAGCGACAUUAAGCUCUUCGUUCUUGAUGAAGCUGAUGAGAUGUUGUCUCGAGGAUUCAAAGAUCAAAUUCAAGAAGUGUUUAAGAAGUUGCCGAAUGAUGUACAGGUCAUCCUCUUAUCGGCUACAAUGCCACCAGAAGUUCUUGAAGUUAGUAAAUAUUUCAUGCGUGAUCCCGUUCGUAUUCUGGUAAAGAAGGAAGAAUUGACAUUGGAAGGUAUUCGUCAGUUCUAUGUGAACGUAAAGCAAGAACAGUGGAAACUUGGAACACUUUGUGACUUGUAUGACACAUUAAGUAUCACUCAAGCUGUCAUUUUCUGUAACACCCGUCGCAAGGUCGAUCAAUUGACUGAAGAAAUGACAGCAAAGAACUUCACGGUGUCUGCAAUGCACGGUGAAAUGGACCAACGUGAACGUGACAUGAUCAUGAAACAAUUCCGUAGCGGAUCCUCUCGUAUUCUCAUCACAACUGAUUUGUUAGCUCGUGGUAUUGAUGUCCAACAAGUGUCGCUGGUUAUCAACUAUGAUUUGCCCAGCAUUAGGGAAAAUUAUAUUCACAGAAUCGGUCGUGGUGGACGUUUUGGUCGUAAAGGUGUUGCUAUUAACUUUAUUACGGAUACUGAUCGUCGUGCACUCCAGGAAUUGGAACAACAUUAUCACACAAAAAUCGAGGAAAUGCCGAUAAAUGUUGCUGAUUUGAUUUAAAAAGUUUUGUCUUGCGAGCAUUAACAAAAAAGAAAAAAAAUUACAAAAAACAUAAAAAACUAAGAGGAAAAGAAAACAAAAAAGAAAAAGCAACAAAAAAAAAACGUUAAAGAAAAUCCCAAUCAAGAUUUAAGAAGUUAUCAAGCACAGUCCUAAAUUGUGUGAUCAUCCAGAAAAUAUAAAAUUAAAGAAACUUUCUGCUCUCGGGAUUCGCGCGCGCCAAUACGAUUCAAAAGAAAACGAUAAUUAAUUUGUGAUCUUUUGUUCGCGGGUGUGUGUUUGUGUGUGUGGGUGUUUAGGGAGUAAAAGGAAAACAUAAAAUAUACUUAGUGGUUCGAAGUUUAAGAAAUUUCUAAUUUUUUUCUUUAAUCAAGGAAAAAAAGUUAAAAUUAAAGAGAAAAGAAAAAUAAAUUUUCGUUUUUUUUCGAUGCUCCUUGCUUUGAGAUACAAAAUUUUGUUCUUCAAAUCUCUUUGAUUUGCUCUUAACUUGAAUUAAAUUUUUACUUUUUUUACAUCGUAAUUUCAAUUCUUUUCUUUUUUGAUUAGUUAAUUUAUUAAACAUGCAUACACAGCACUGUGCUCACUUUGAAAUAUUCUGAAUGAAUACAUUUUUAAGCUUAGAAUUAUUAAAAACAAAAGUAAAAAAAAAGGAAAAAAAAACCACACAAAAAGGUGAAGAAGGAACAACAAGAAUAAUUAAAGCUUGAUUAGAACAGAACAUCUUUAACAAUGAUGAAAGACGACGACGUUAUAAGAAAGAAUAAAACUACAAAAAAUUUUAUUUUUACCAUUUUCUCUUUUUAUUUUAUUUUUUAUUACUUUGCAAUGAUUUGUGAAGAUUUUCCAGGCUUUUCUGUUUAUUUUUUAAUGGAAAACGAUUUGUUAGCUUCUUGAUUCUAAAUAUGAAAAUUCAAAAUUAAAAAUUCAAGUGAAAAUGAAAAAGUUUUCUUUUUUUCGAAAUUCAAUGGAAAUCAAAGUUUGGAAGUAUCAAAAAAAAAUUAAUUCCGGUACAAAAGAUUAAAUUAAACACUUUGCAACUGCUUUUUCUUACAUUUAUUUCUAAGAAUUUUCCUUUUUCCUCGUAGAAAGUCGGAAGUUUUGUCUUGAUUCUUGAUAUGAAAAGGAGAAAAGAAAAUCGGAAGGAAAAUUUAAAAUAUAGGACAUUUAAUUGAAACUCACUUAUAAGAAUUAAUUAUAUGCAAGAAACCUAAAACUUUAGGAUCAAAAAAUAAUUUGUAACGAUUCUUGAAUGAAGCUUCAAACUUUUUCAAUGUUUUCGAAAUAUAAGAGAAUGAUUGAUAAACUGGAAUAAAAAAAAAGAUAAGAACACUUUUUAUACUCAUGAGACUAAAUUUAUGUUUAAAUUUAUUGCAUAUGAUUGAUUGUACAUACAUAUGAAUAACUGAAAUAAAGGAAAAAGUAAGAACUUCAAAUUUAUUGCGUGUUUCUUUGAUAAGAAAUAAAACAAGAAA